CCAACAUUUCAUGCUAUGUUCACAUCUCAACUGUUGUCUUUCCUAAAUAGAAAAUAUUUUGGUUUUUUCCCCCUUUUGUUUCCAGUGGCUUAGAUUCCACAUAAAAACUAUGCAAGUGCGAUGAAUCUAGACAUCUUUUUAUAAGAACUGUUCAAUUACUAAAUCUAGAAAAAUAUACAUGUAUUCGACACAAUUCUAACAGAAUGGCUAAGAAUGUGAGUGAUGAGCAUGGCUCCAAGGGUGUGGAAACGAUUAGUAGUUCGUCGUCGUGUCAGAGUUCGUCGUCGCCUCGGAGUUCGCCGUAUGUUCACGAAGUGGGAGUGCCUCCGAAGCAAAACCUGUUAAAAGAAAUUGCAGCAGUUGUGAAGGAAACUUUAUUUGCAGAUGAUCCUUUGCGACAUUUCAAGGAUCAACCGAGCUCAAAAAAGUUUAUUCUGGGCCUUCAAGCAAUAUUUCCUAUAUUAGAAUGGGGAAAACACUAUAAUCUUUCUAAAUUCAAAGGCGACUUGAUUGCUGGACUUACUAUUGCAAGUCUUUGCAUUCCACAGGACAUUGGAUAUGCAAAGCUUGCCAAUUUGGAACCCCAAUAUGGACUAUAUAGUAGCUUUGUUCCACCUCUGGUAUAUGCAUUCAUGGGAAGCUCACGGGAUAUGGCUAUCGGACCCGUGGCAGUGGUGUCUCUUUUGCUUGGUAGUCUCCUGCAGGAUGAAAUCGACUCGUCUGCUAAUCCGGUCGGUUACCGGCACCUUGCAUUCACGGCUACUUUCUUUGCUGGCCUCACUCAGUUCAUACUCGGAUUUUUGAGGUUGGGAUUCUUGAUAGACUUCCUAUCUCAUGCCGCCAUAGUUGGGUUUAUGGGGGGUGCUGCAGUCACCAUUGCACUUCAACAACUUAAAGGUCUACUUGGAAUAAAAAAAUUUACAAAGGACACUGAUAUUGUCUCUGUCAUGAGUUCAGUAUUUAGUUCAGCACGUCAUGGUUGGAAUUGGAACACUAUUCUAAUAGGAAUCUCCUUUUUGAUCUUCCUCUCGGUUACAAAAUACAUUGGGAAAAAACAAAAGAAAUUCUUUUGGGUGCCAGCCAUUGCUCCAUUGAUCUCUGUUAUCAUCUCCACCGUUUCAGUGUAUGCCACACGAGCCGACAAGCAUGGGGUUGAGAUCGUGAAAAAUAUCAGAAAGGGGAUCAAUCCACCAUCUGUGAAAGAAAUAUUUUUCUCCGGACAGUAUGCUGGCAAAGGUUUCAAGAUCGGUGUCGUGUCGGGUAUGAUAGCAUUGACGGAAGCUGUUGCAAUUGGAAGAACAUUUGCUUCCAUGAAAGACUACCAGUUGGAUGGUAACAAAGAAAUGAUAGCAUUAGGAACCAUGAACAUUGUUGGUUCAAUGACAUCUUGCUAUGUCGCCACAGGGUCCUUCUCUCGGUCAGCAGUAAAUUACAUGUCUGGUUGUGAAACAGCUGUUUCUAACAUAGUGAUGGCCUGCGUUGUGCUGUUGACAUUAGCGCUCAUCACACCGCUGUUCAAGUACACCCCAAAUGCAAUACUUGCUUCCAUUAUCAUAUCAGCAGUGGUUGGAUUAGUAGACAUUGAGGCAGUGACUCUAAUAUGGAAGAUCGAUAAAUUCGAUUUCAUUGCUUGUAUGGGAGCCUUCUUUGGUGUUGUUUUCUCUUCCGUUGAGGUCGGCCUUGUAAUUGCAGUUUCGAUAUCAUUUGCAAAGAUCCUAUUACAAGUUACAAGACCUCGGACAGCAAUUCUUGGAAAGGUACCAAGGACUGCUACUGUUUAUAGGAACAUCCAGCAAUAUCCAGAUGCAACAAAAGUGCCAGGGAUUCUCAUUGUUAGAGUUGAUUCUGCAAUUUAUUUUUCCAACUCCAACUAUGUAAAAGAAAGGAUUUUGAGAUGGCUGGCUGAUGAAGAAGAACAUGUGAAAGAAAAUUCCCAACCCAGAUUUCAGUAUUUGAUUAUUGAAAUGGGCCCUGUAACUGACAUUGACACUAGUGGGAUUCAUGCCCUUGAAGAGUUGUUCAGAGCUCUUCAAAAGAGGGAUAUUAAGCUGGUAUUAGCAAAUCCAGGGCCAGUAGUGGUUGAUAAGCUCCAUGCUUCAAAGUUUCAAGAGUUGAUAGGUGAGGGAAGGAUCUUCCUCACUGUGGCUGAUGCUGUACGGACAUGUUAUUCAAAAAUGGAAUUAGAGCCCUAAAUGAAUGUAUUCA